AUGAGUAAAUUUGGAACUAUUGGCCGGAAUGGAAUAGUUAUAAAGAAAUUGAACGAGAGUCUGAGGUUAAUUUUUACAGCUUUCAUUGGAGUUGUGUUUGGCUUCUUGGUUGGAGUAUCUUUUUCACCUUCACUGUCUACUAAAUUUACUUCAAUUCUUGUAAAAGACGCAUAUUCUAGCAUUUCAACCGAGCAGUUGUUGCACCACCACCAUGCUAUGACAGGAAUGAACGAAAGUAGCUCAGCAACUCAAGUUCAGACUUCUAAUAAUACUUCAAAGAUAUGGGUUUCUUCAAAUCCUCGAGGUGCAGAAAGACUACCACCGGGUAUCGUUGUGGCAGAAUCAGACUAUUACGCUCGCAGGUUGUGGGGUGAACCCAGUGAGGAUCUAACUAUGAAGCCGAAGUAUCUCGUAACCUUCACUGUUGGUCUUGAUCAGAAAAGUAACAUUGAUGCAGCAGUUAAAAAGUUCUCAGAGAGUUUCACUAUUUUGUUGUUCCACUAUGAUGGUCGGACGAGCGAAUGGGACGACCUUGAGUGGUCAAAGCGAGCAAUCCACGUUAGUGUGUUGAAGCAGACUAAAUGGUGGUACGCCAAACGGUUUUUGCAUCCCGAUGUGGUGGCACCAUAUGAUUACAUAUUCAUCUGGGAUGAAGACCUUGGGGUGGAGAAUUUUGAUGCAGAAGAAUACCUUAAACUGGUGAGCAAGCAUGGUCUGGAGAUUUCACAACCUGGUUUAGAUCCAGAUAGAGGAACUACAACAUGGCAGAUGACAGAGAGAAGACGUGACCUUGAAGUCCAUAAAAACACGACGGAGAGACCGGGUUGGUGCAGCGACCCCAAGUUGCCACCAUGUGCAGCUUUUGUUGAGAUCAUGGCACCUGUGUUUUCCAGAGAUGCAUGGCGAUGUGUGUGGCAUAUGAUUCAGAAUGACUUAGUUCAUGGAUGGGGUCUUGACUUGGCUCUCAGGAAAUGUGUAGAGCCUGCUCAAGAGAAAAUUGGGGUUGUGGACGCUCAGUGGAUUGAUCAUCAAACUGUUCCUUCACUCGGUAACCAGGGGAUGGCAGAGGAUGGGAAAGCGCCAUGGGAAGGGGUGAGAGACAGGUGCACAAAAGAGUGGUCGAUUUUCCGGAAUAGAUUUUCGGAUGCAGACAAGGCGUAUUACAAGGAAAUGGGGAUUGAUCCGCCUAAUUCCAUGUAG